GCUUGUCAUGUCGAGCUGCUUAUGCGCGAGGCAUUUUGGCUCGAGCAGUAGCUGACGCGCUUGGCUUCUCCAGCCCGAGCCUUUUCCGAACCGCAAUGCAGUUCCUAGGCGUCUUGGCAUGCGCCGCUGUUGCGGCGGCGACCAAGCAGUCCAGGUUUAUGGCGCCAAGCGUGGCGCACCUGCCAGGCCACGAGGCCUUCAUGGCUCUGCUGGGGGAGAAGGGACGACCCAUGGACCCCAUGGUGUCUUCGCUGGCCGCGAUGGCCGAGUCCAUCUCCAAGCAGGAGCCCGGCGCCCGGGAAGAGUCGGUGAAGUCCAUCAAGACUUUGCUCACGGGAUUGCUGGACAGCAUCACCAGUCAGCACACGAUUGCUCAGAACUCUGUGACCAACCUUACUGCCUUCACCACCUGCAACGUGAACAAGGCGGCAGACCUCGCGCACGCCGGCACCGUGAAGAAGGUGAGCAACUGGACCGACACCAGUGCGGCCUACAAUGCGUGCAUCGCCGAGCUGGAGGCAUACAACAGCAGCUACACCAGCUGCGCAGCUCAGGAGAAGAUGCUGGAUGUGGCCGCGACCGCGCGGUGCGAGUACUUCGAGGCCGUGGACCGGACAGAGAACUUCCAGUCCUGGUUCUGCCACGAAGAUGACUACCCCGCCACGGCAAGCUACGAGUCUUACCUGCAGCGGAACAUCGACAUGCUGGCGGACUUCAGGCUGCGCCGGAGCAACUGCAGCAACGCCACCAGCGCUCACGGGGUGAAGCAGACGGAGUGCGGCGGCAAGAAGGGCCUGCUCGACGCCAAGGAGGUGGCCUGUGCGGCGCUGACCCCCAGCGACAAGCCGGUGGACUGCAGCUCCUACCAGGCCACCAAGCAGGCCUGCGUCAGCUACAGCAAUUGCUGGUCCCAGGCCGGGUCGGAGUCCUCCUCCGCGGUGUCUACGGCGGACCAGCUGGCAGACAGCCUCAAGGCGCAGUGGAAGGCCCUGAAGCGCAUCGAGUGCUUGCUGGACGUGAUCCUCACCUCCAGCCAAGCCACGGCGCUGCAGCAGUGCGUGGACCAGGUGCACGACGCCUCGAGUUUGGACAUCGCGCCCCCCGCGGCGCCGGCGCAGGAGGUCUGCACUGCCGGCGCGGCCCCGGCGGGGUGCGCCGCCUGAGACUCUGAGACGCGGGGAGAGGCCCAGAUGGCCUUAGGUGGCAAGCGGCGAGAGCCCGGUUGGGGCAA